AUGCUAAUAGAACCAGUACAUCACCCACACGAGGAACCCCCACUACCUAAUCGUACAUACAAUACCACCUCACCGAUUUCGAGUCCCACGCACCAACUUCAAGUCCAUAUAGCAAACCAUUACAAAUAUAUCCAAUCAAGCAGCACCAAUAUCGCUUCCACUAUCCAAGUUCUACCAAUUACUACAUCGAGCUCAUUUGAGAUCCCUUCGCCAACUCAUUCGGAUCCACUUUCCACUUCAUUAACCCCUGAAGUUCCCUCACUUGUAUCACCACACGAUCCACCCUAUGAUGCUGAUUUAUAUUGCCCACAACGAGCUAGUAUUAGACCCCGAGGAACAACUUCUCUAUUUGGUCGUGAUAUUUUUGAUGAAUAUGUGGGACACCGUUAUGAUAGAUUCAGGCCAACUGAGUCUCAGCAGAAUAAUGAUGUGAUUAUGAACAAUAUGCACCCUUUUCAACGAGAUGAUUAUGGAGUUGUACCAAAAUCAUUCCUUGAGAGUGUUGCCUCCUGGUUUAAACCCAGGCCUGUGGUGCACGAUUUGGAAAUGCAACAACAAAGGGAGGAGGAGGAGGAGAAGAGCGAAUCAUUGCCAAAUACUGUCAUCAUCACUAGAGAAGCCGGGGAGUCCUCGCCACACCCUGUUUACACCCCAAGAGGUAUCCCCAUCAACGAGUUUGUGUUAAACUACAGUAAACCGGUUGACGACUCGAACCUCGGCGAAGAGACUGAAAGAAGAGCAGCAAUUGUAAACCUGUUUGAUGAAGAGGUUCGUGAUUUGGUUGAUGGGCUGGACAACUUCUUAACAUCUUGUUUUGACGGAAUUUGGACAUUCUUUAACGACUCAUUUGACUACUGUUUAAAUUUGAGUUGA